CAUGUUACCAAGGUUUCAACAUACGGAAAUCUAGAAGAAAUACCAUGGUAUCCCUACGUGAUGUCUACCAUGUUGUGGCAGCCACUAUACCUUUGUAUGUUGUCAUGAUCUUAGCCUAUAUCUCGGUAAGGUGGGGGAAACUCUUUUCACCAGAGCAAUGCUCUGGCAUCAACAAGUUUGUGGCGAAAUUUUCAAUACCUUUAUUGUCCUUCCAAGUGAUAUCAGGAAGUAACCUCUACAAAGUAAACCUGAAGCUUCUACUAGCAGAUGUCAUUCAAAAAUUUCUUGCUGUCUUUCUACUGGCAGUUUUUGCCAAAAUGAAGCCCAAAGGAAGCCUGACUUGGAUCAUAACAGGUCUUUCAGUUUCCACCCUUCCAAACACCUUAAUCUUGGGGAUCCCACUAAUUAAGGCCAUUUUUGGUGGUGCGGCAGCAGAACUACUAGCGCAGCUAAUUGCAUUACAGAGUUUAGUUUGGUACAACCUCCUCCUACUCCUGUUCGAGCUCAAUGCAACAAAAGAAUCUUAUGUGACAUCACCAUCAGCAGUAGCAGUUGAGCUUGAGGUCCCUGGAGAACCAGAACUAGAAGAGGACGGUGAGGAGGAAGCAAAAGACAGAUCCCCAAGGAAGAAAACGAUUAUGCUAAUUCUUCUAACAGUUGGAAGGAAGCUCAUAAUAAAUCCUAAUACACAUGCAACUCUGGCCGGUAUUAUUUGGUCAAGCAUACACUUCAGGUGGGGAGUCAAUCUGCCAAAAAUUGUUGAACAAUCAAUAUCAAUACUCUCAGAUGGAGGACUAGGAAUGGCAAUGUUUAGCAUAGGUGUUUUCAUGGCGUCCCAAGCUAGUAUUAUAGCAUGCGGAACCAAAAAGGCGAUAUUAGCAAUGGCACUGAAGUUUGUUCUUGGACCUGUUCUCAUGGCAAUCUCAUCUAUUGCUGUUGGACUAAGGGGAAAAUUGUUUAGAUUGGCAAUAGUGCAGGCAGCCCUUCCCCAAGGAAUCGUUCCUUUUGUGUUUGCCAAGGAGUAUAACAUACAUCCAACCAUCUUAAGUACAGGGGUAAUCUUUGGCAUGCUGAUUGCAAUACCAAUUGCUUUGGCAUACUAUUUCCUGUUGGAAAUAUGAAACUCAGACAUGGUCAUGGCUAUUAGCAGUUAUUCACAAAUUCAUC